AUUCUUGAUAUUACUAGUACCCAUCACCACCUCUUCAAUCUCAAAUACCCUAAAUUCAUCAGCAGAAAACAAAUUAAGCAUAUCAAUGGAUACCAAAAUCUUCUUAUUUCUAUUCCUUCUCUUCUGCUUCUCACCAUUUUUAUUAUCAGUCACCGAGUCAUGCAACUCGGUUGAUAAAGAAGCAUUACUCCAUUUCAAGAGCAAAAUCACAUCAGACCCGUCAAAACUGUUGCAUUCUUGGACAGACUCAACUGAUUGCUGCACUUCUUGGAAAGGAAUCAGAUGUGAUUCUUCAGGCAGGGUUAUUAAUGUGACGCGUUCCGGUUUCGUUUCCGACAAUGAUUUCUUUGAAAAUACUUACAUGGUCGGUACUUUAUCUUCAUUUCUUGGAAAUUUGUCUAGUCUUCAAUUUCUUGACUUGGGUAAUCUCAAGGAAUUAAAAGGUUCAAUUCCUGAAGAAUUUGGAAAGUUAUCACAGCUUGUUUAUUUGUUUCUUGAUUCAAACAAGCUUACUGGUUCAAUUCCUUCUACAAUUGGAAACUUGGUUUUGUUAUCGAGGUUUGAUCUUCAUGGUAAUAGUUUUUCUGGUAGCCUUUCUUCAGGAAUUGGCAAUUUAAGAAAUCUGGAGUAUCUUGAUCUGUCUGAAAAUCAGAUAACUGGGAAAAUUCCAGGGUCUAUAGGUGAACUUUCUGAAUUAAAACUUCUAUAUCUUAAUCAAAACCGUCUUACAGGAAGUAUUCCGUCUUCGAUAUCAGGGUUGAAAUCGAUGCGCUUCUGUCGUUUAUCAGAAAACAAGCUGACAGGAAAGUUGCCAUCAUCAAUUGGUCAACUGUCGAAGAUCGAAAGAUUGAUUCUUGAAAAUAACAAGCUGACAGGAAAAAUUCCUGCGACGGUUGGUCAUCUAAAAACUCUGACAGAUAUAUUUUUCUCCAACAAUAAUUUUACAGGGAAAAUUCCUUCAAGUUUUGGCAAUUUACAGAAUCUUCAAACACUCGAUUUAUCAAGUAACCACCUCUCCCGCAAACUUCCUCCUCAGCUAGCUAAAUUACAAAGAUUACAGAAUUUGUAUCUGUCAUUUAAUCCUCUAGGACUAGUUAAAAUACCGAGUUGGUUUCUGAAAUUGAAGCUUUUUCGGGUUAUGUUAGCAAAAACCGGAAUCGAAGGAGAGCUACCUGACUGGCUAGCUUCAACAUCUAUAUCGAUACUGGACUUGUCAAGCAAUGGCCUAACAGGAAAAUUGCCUCAUUGGAUAGGUAACAUGACCAGUCUUUCGUUUCUCAAUUUAUCGAAUAACGGGUUUUACUCAGCGAUCCCAGUCGAAUUCAAGAAUCUUUCACUUCUAAUGGAUCUUGAUCUUCACUCCAAUGAAUUAACUGGGGAUAUUAAUCAUAUUUUCUCUAAACAAGUUCAAGAACCAUUAGGCCAUUUCAACACUAUUGAUCUCUCAAACAAUUUAUUCUAUGGAUCAAUUGAUGAUAGCAUUGGACUUAGACCUGCAAUGAGUUCAAUUCAUUCUUUGAUUCUAUCAAACAACAAUUUAGGAGGCUCGAUUCCGAAUUCGAUUACGAAACUGAGCGAAUUGUAUACGCUAAAAUUAGUGAACAAUGGUCUGGUUGGCAAAAUACCUGAGGAGCUUGGAGGUUUACAGAAGCUGUUUACAAUUUUACUUUCAAGAAACAGACUAAGUGGUGCAAUUCCUGAGAAAGUAUUGAAUCUGAAAGAGCUAAAAGAAUUUGAUGUGUCUAAUAACAGAUUGAGAGGAAGGAUUCCUGCUCAUAAAGCUGUAAUUCCUGCUUCUGCAUUCAAGAACAAUCCUGGAUUGUGUGGUGCUCCACUUCUUCCUUGUAAACACUUUUAGAAUUGUUCUUGUAAGAUUCCGAUUCUUGUGUUGUUGCAUUUACUAUGUCAAAAAAUAAAAUGAAAAAGAAAAACUUUACAUCUUUGAUUUUUAAAAUCA